CAAUCGACGGGAAAAUCUAAAAUUGAAUUAAAUGGUUGCUAGACAGUUAAACAUAUAGUCUUGUACUAAACGUGUCGUAAACAUGCUUAAAAGAUAUUCUGCAUAAUAAUGUAAAAUUCAGCGUCCAGUGUUUCAACAGACCAUAAAUAUUAGAAAAGAUUUGUAAAUCAGGUGGAUGAUUUGCAAUUAAUAGUGUUCUCUGAGCUGGUUGGUUUAGUUGCGGAGCUUUCGUCGUCUUUCUGGACGACAUCUUCAGUGCAGUAUUUAGGAUAAAGUGAAAAAUACUUACAAACGGUCUUCAGGAAGAAUGGUUAUCCAAAAAAUUUCAUCAAAAAGUGUUUCAAGUCGAAUCAAAGCACCAACAAUGAACUAUCACCAAAGACCAAAAAGAAAUUCAUCCUACCAUACAUCAGAAAUAUCUCUGAAAUAACGGCUAGAAUAAUGAAACCGUUUGAUAUAGAUGUACCACAAAAACCAGCCGAAUUGCUUAAUUCGAUCUUAUGCAAACCAAAAGAUCCAACAGAAAAAGGAGAUAAAAUUAAUGCCAUUUACAAAAUAAAUUGUAUGAACUGUAACAAGAAUUACAUCGGCCAAAGUGAGCAUCCCCUUCGAAUAAGAAUCCAAGAACACAAAUCAGCCAAGAAAAGACAUGAUAUAAAUUCUUUAGUAUCAAUGCACACAGACAAUUAUGGACAUCAAUUUGAUUGGGAUAAUGUCAAAAUCUUGGACAGAGGAAACACCAAAUGUGCCAGGGAAUUCCUAGAAGCCUGGUACUCAAACGAAAAUGCAAUUAAUAAACACGUUAAUAUAGAUGAAAUAUACCAACUAAUAAAAAGUAAAUCAGAUGACCAGAAAGUUUAAAAUCCCAAUCAAUAGAAAACGGUCAAUACAUAUCGAAAGAUGGUUACCGGGAGACGCAAUUAUAUCACUCAUGAAGAAAUUUAAAUCAUUUUAAGUGUUGGUUUGUAGGGAUUUGA